AUGUCUGCACAUCCAACCGCAUCUGCGCUGGUCUGGUUCAUCACUGGCACAUCCUCUGGCAUUGGAUACGAGCUCGCCCUGGCCGCCCUUCGACGCGGUGACAGAGUUAUCGCCACCGCUCGAGAGCGCUCAUUCCGCCAACUCCAAGCUGAUUCAGAACUGAAGAAGUUCGAUACACAAGUGGCCGUCCUAAAAUUGGAUGUUACUGCUCCGUUAAAUGAGCUGAAGGUAUGUGCGGAAAAGGCGGUGGGUUUGUGGGGCAGGGUGGAUGUGGUCGUGAACAAUGCGGGUGCGCUCAUUGCGGUAGGCGCGUUGGAGGAGGUCACACCGGAGGAGACGUUCUCCCAGUUCAAUGUUUUGCUGUUUGGUGGGCUGAACGUCGCGCGCGCCUUCCUACCCUACAUGCGAAAGCAGCGAUCUGGGGAGGCAACACCCACGGAGUGCAUCUCAGAAUCUAUGGAUGUGGAACUAUCACCGUUUGGUUUGCGCUCUCUCUGUAUCGAACCGGGAUACUUCAGAACGAAAGCCGUCGAUCCUGCCAAUCGGGCUCCAUACGUGAAUCACAUUGAAGACUAUCGAGAGAUGAUCGGAGCGAAAGACGAGAUCUUCAAUAAGCUCGAUGGAAACCAACUCGGCUCCACCCCAAAGCUCUGCUCUCUCAUCGUCGACAUCGUUCGCUCGGAGGGUCUCGCAGCCGGCAAACCCAUACCGCGUUCGGGAUCGCUUCAGAUCGGCAGCGACUGCUAUGAGGUCGUCAAAGAGAAAUGUGAAGAGACUCUAGAAUGCUUGGAGGCCUGGAAGGAAGCCAUUACGGGAACUGAUUUCGCUGAGACGGAAGUAGGAUUGUGA